CCCACAAGUGAUAGCCUGGCACCUUUAUUAAAGAGUAAGGUAAGAUCAAUAGUUUGCUACGUUUCUUUCCUUUAUCCUUUCAUACGUUUAAGUUUAAAUUAAGUUUACUUUUUAAAACAUUUUAAAUGAUCAAAAUGGCUCUCUAAUAGUCAUCUUAUAUCCCUAAAUUGCCCAGAAAUGCUUUAAGGGAAACUUAAGCUUCUUAAAACUACGCAAGAAAACUCCGGGAAUCACAAACUCAGCUAAAAUUCCCUCAUGCCACUUGACAGAGAAAAGUCUUACCAAUGGUAACACGUGUGUGCAAUUGUAUGACAACGUUCCCGAAAUAUACCUGACUUUUAUCCCAUGUUUUAAAUACCGGAAAAAUGAAUGAUAACGGAAGUUUCAUUUCUACCUUUUCUGCUAGAUCUUUAAAUGAAAUUAAUAACACUGAAUACCAUGCCUACUCCAUUCUACUCCAUAAAAAUCCUCACUAGUUCAUCCUUUACUACAAAAAUCAGCAUGAAUCACUUUUCAUCUUUUCCUAUUGUAAUUUUAGUAACAGGCUUUUGCUCUUCAUAUAAUGCAUUGCGUAUCUAAAGGAGCAAAAUUAGUAAUAUUUACCCGAUACAAGUCAUUCGCGACAUUUAUUUCUAGGCCAUUAAUUUGUGAUCUGACUUUAGAUCGGUAACGGAAGUUUCAUAAAAAUCGCGGACACCAGUUCACUGUUGUCAAAAGCAACAAAACUGAUCUGCAGUGAGAAAAGUUAGUGUAGGACUCUAAUUUGAGUCUUUCCUCAGACAUUGUAUCGAUUAGUAUUCAUACGAUAUAGCGCGACAAGCAAAAAUAUACGGAACAUUCUAUACCUACGUGCACCCUCUCUGCGGACAUAGCAAAAUGCAUGACACAUUUGACCUUGAUUCCCUUAAAGCUUACUGCAUACAGGAUCACAAAUAGGCCCUGUUGCUAUGUAUUUGGGCAUAUUUUAGGUAUUUAUCAGCGAAAUGAUUAUGGGAAACGAUUUGAGUCCGCAAAUAUUGUCAUGGACACCAAAACAUGGUACCUUACCCAAUUAACUUGAAAUGAGUGUGUAACACAUUUAGUAACACACUUACAUUCUACCCUAUCUUUCAGAUGGACGGUACAUUUUUCCUUUUGUUCUUUGCCUUGUGCGCAUGUACAUCUUUGGUGAGGUGUGCAGAGGAACCCCAGAAGGGAGGGGCAGAGCAACGACCAGGUAAGGGAAAAGUGUCAAUUAAAAUAUUCUUUAACCUCACCAAACAAAAAUUCUCAAAUAACUCUGAAUAAUUGCUCGUUUUACCAGAGCAUAAGGUAUUGGUCAGCUAUAUUGAUGGCUGUUGGUCUUUAGGCUAUUUCUGAGUUGCCCCAAACUUCUGUUUCAAAGCGAGUCUAAGUGCCAAGCUAUUGGUAUGAAUGAUUUUUGGAAGUGGCCUUUUGCGCAAAAUCUCGCGAUCUCACCUUAAAUGACCCUGGGCCUAGCGCGACUUCCAACCAAGGGCUUUAGUUAAAAGAGCUGUGUCACGAAAUUCAGCCAAAUUAGGAAAUAUACAAAAUGUGCGAUAAAUUAAGAGAAACAUAAAAAUAACCGCUUAAAACUUUAAAGGAAAGUUGAAAUGACAUAACAGAAACAACAGAUGCCACGAAUGGGCAAAACUGAAGAAGAUUGAAACGGACUGAAAUGAGGGUUUUUGAAAACUGUUCAGCCUAACAGUUUUUCAAAGUUAUCCUGCUGCAUGCAUCUUCAAAAGUAAUGCUCAAGAGACAAAUUUGUUUGUCUCGGAUCUCUGAUUUUGCCAUUUACAUGUAAUUUCUUUGCUUACUUUAAGUUCCAUAGCGAUUGAGGGCGAGUAAUUGGAAAAAUUAAAGAAAAUGAACUGGACUGCCGACACAGCCCCUUUAAUGGGUAAGAUCAUGCUGACUGGAAUAAAGACCUUGUCUCAGGUUAGCCCGUGUCAGGUUCUCAGAUACUAGGUAGGGGUGUCUCGAAAACAAGUUUAUUGUGGAUAAAUAGGACGCGUGAGUGUUUUCCCAUCAGUUUCACGAUCUCUGCAAAAUAGUAUUUUGGAGCUUGGAUAAGGCUAACCUCAGGUCAGAUGAUCUCGUCUUUUGCCGAUAAAGUAAAGCUGUCUGUCUAUAGUCUCUGACCUUACUGACGUCAAUUAGAAGGGAAAAGAGAACACCCCCUGGCCAAAAAGUCGAAACGACAGGGCAGGUAGAUUGCUUUUAAGUGCGGUAUCAUGGUCUAUCUGUUAUUGGGUUUGGGUGGGUGGAGUCAGAUCACACAUGGGAUGAAGCAGCAGCCGAUUGCUCCUUUAUUUAGUGACGUCCUAUCACCCCCUCAAUUCAGCCAUCAGCUUCGAGGGACAAAAGAAUCGGAACCAGCAAUUGUCCUUCUUUUAGGCACCUUCAAAAUGUCUAUUUUUGUAUGCUCUUCUUGGCAGAUUCGCACCACAGCCCAGGAGGUACGACAUCUCUUUAUGGUGGGGACAUUCAAUUCACACCGAAACAACAGGAAAACAUGAAAAAGUACGGAACUCCGAACGGUCCACAAACACGAGCUGCCAGCAACGUAGACAGUGAAAGGUGGCCCAACGCUGUCAUUCCUUACGUAUUUGAUUGCUCUGUUGGUAAGCUAAAUAACUAGAAAUACGUUAAGCUACAUAAUAAACUGUCGUCUUACUAGCUCUCUACAUUUCACUUGAACAAGCAUUGCAGAGACAAACAUAAUCCUUGUGGUAUGUUACGGUCAGCUAACCAGCCGAGAUGAGAGAGAGAUAGAUGCUUUAUUGUCUUAAUACCUUGCAGCCAUAGGCUGAAUUACGAAAGACAUUACAAUAAAAGGACAUUACAAUAAAGACAUUACAAUAAAAAAAGUAUAUAAAAUAUAACAAUAAAAAGGUAAAAAGUAUAAAAUUGCUACUAUAACUAACUAAUUAAACACUACUAAGCGCAGAAAACGUGACUAAAAAUGAAAGAUUUUUUUUUUUUCUGAAGUGGUGACUGUGGUCGAUAAUAUCAGCUUAAAAAGUUACGUAUUUGUAAACCUUUUCUGGGGUACCAGAUCCCCAUUGUAUUGGAACCUGUAAAAAUAAAACAAGGUUUCUUUAAAAAUUUACCCGAUCGAAGAGCUUAGAAACUUCUGCGAAACAUUGGUAAACCUCUUUUAGCUAAAUGUCGUAGAGAGGUCAACCGUCACUUAUUUCGUUUUUCUUUUGUUAGCCAACAUGGAAAGCGCGGUCGCCGCAACAUUGCAAGCUAUGAGGAUGUGGGAGAGCAAAACAUGCAUACGCUUUGUUGAGCGAACCACGGAGAAGGCUUAUCUUGAGCUCUUCAGAGGACAAGGGUGAGUAAGAGAGUUGCAAGUGCUAGGCCCCGCCCCACCCUUCCGUAUUUACUGAUUCAGUUUGCUGCCAUUUUCUUAAAACAAUAUUAGAGACCUUUAGAUUUGAGUCGGAGAACGACUAUGAGAACGAGAUUUAAUUUAAAGUUUUUUUGCGUAUUAUUAAAAAAAAAGACGCCCCAGAAAACUUAAGCGAAUUUUGUUUUCCACCAAAAAGAGAUGGUGCUGUUAUCGUUAUUGAAAAAGGUCGAUCGCAAAAUGAUAAAACUUCUAACAUUUGAUAACUGGUUUUCACCACUACAACAUUAAAUAACUUCAGCAACGACGACGACGACGGCAGUGAAAACGUCGCCAAAAAACUGAAUUUGCGUUCCUUCAAACUUAUUAUCGUCUAUUUGCACUCAUCCAAUAUGUCAAAUGCAGGCGACUUUUCCUAGAGUUGAAUUCUAAAGGAUUUUAUUCAGGUUCAAAAAGAGGAAGGAAAUUUCGUCGUCGUAUGUCCACGUCCUCCAUAAAACGCCAAAUUAGGAGGUUUCACGUCGUGGUCGUGCAGUGGACGUCUAAGAAAUGCAUUUGAGAGCGUGAUGCACGUGCAGAACUGUUGUUUUGAUCAUUAAACCUAUCGUUUUUUGAAGUUGUCGUUGUGUUCGUCGUCGUAGUUGCACUAAAACUAGUAGUAUAAUGACGACGCCUAUCACGUUUUCCCGCCAAAAUGAGGCUGGUCCACGCGUGCGCACUAAUUGGUAUUCAGAAAACCUCGUACUCGUAGUCGUUCUCGUCUGACAAUCUAAAGCUCUCUAUUAUGUGGCAGCACGGCCUACAUGUUUCUAAUGUAAAGGAGGAGUGCGCCAUGUUUUUUGAAUCAACGCCCAGAAUGUGGAUCGAGUUUUUGUUUCAGUCAGUUCUCAAAUGAUCAAUACAUUCUUAAAGAAAUUCAAAGCAAAAAUUGAAAAAGGCAAUUGAAUUUCAACCCUCGUUUACGCACGGAAAUUUGAAUUUUUAACUCCUUUUCUUUUCGUCCCUUUUUCUCUUUUGCAAAUUUUUUCGUGAAGGUAUUUACUUCUGAGGACAGUGACAACGGAUUGUCUUUGUUUCACCAUUUUUUAUUUCCAACUUUGAAUCAUGCUCUGAUCAGUCGUUCUUUUUUGUAUAUUAUUCUUAGUUGCUGGGGUCACGUGGGUCAUCAUGGCUACAAGACCCAGAUCUCUAUCGGCGAUAACUGUGAUUUCCAACACGUGAUGGAACACGAGCUAGGUCACACAGUUGGAUUCUGGCACGAGCAGAGCAGGCCAGAUCGAGAUAAUUACAUCAGUGUCAUAUGGGAAAACGUUUUAGAUGGUAACUAUAAGAAGAGAUUUUUCCCAGUAUGAUAAACUCCAAAUUAAACUUCCUUCUUCCAUUUUGCAUCGUCGAGAAAAAUAAAUAAGGUAUUGACCUCUUCUAUGAUUUAUAAGUGAAAAUAUCAUAUGAGAAAUACAGAGUGCUUUCACGGACUAUGGACCAAUUUACCUCAAGACAGAUGAAGUCUGACAUAAAUUUAUCAUUCUUUUUUUUUUACGAGAAAUUGUAUUGAUUGCACCUUUUAAUUUAGCCUUUUAGUCAUCAUCAAAUAUUAAUAAUCUCUUUAUGUUAAUCUUGUGUUCUACAGUAAGUUCAAAUUGCAUUUUGACUGUUUAGUAGUAGAAGUAUACUUGCAAAUUAUUUGAAAGUUUUCAAAAAUCCAAGUCAUUAAACUUUGCUCGAUUUUAAACCAGUGACGGUGAACUAGUGCUUUGGAUCGAGGAAAAUGUAGCAAACGCCUACACAUUUAAAUUCAUUAGGAACACGCAGAAUAAAGUCUCAAAAUUAAUGAAAGUUAUUUCAAGAUACUUUGAUUGGAAGGUGUAAUACCCCGGUCAUUUAAACGCACCUGCAAGAAAAACCGUCUAUGGCUUUUUUUUCUUUUUUUUUUCUUUUUUUUUCUUCUUCUUCUUCUUCUUCUUCUUCUUCUUCUUAUUUUUUUUUUUUUUUUCAGGAUUGGCAAGUGCGUUUGAAAAGCGUAAAUGGAACACGGAGGUGGUAGAUUUCGGAGUGCCGUACGACUUUGCCUCUAUCAUGCACUAUCCCUUCACAGCUUUCUCCAAAAAUGGCAAACCCACCAUCCGCAAUAUUGUUGAUAUGCAAGGAAAAACACCUUACAUUGUAUUAAGUGAUGGAGAUGCAAGACAGACAAAUGCUAUGUACAAGUGCAACGGUAAGGAAAUACUGCAUUUGUUGUGAGUUAACACGGAAAAUCCGUUGCGUUCCAAAUAAUUUGUAGAAAUAGCCUCCCUACGAAGAGGAAUUAAUCUCCCACCCCACCCCUGCCAGUAGAUAGAACACUAAAGCGGCUUGUAUAGGAUAGAUGGGUAGUCGAUACAAAACUUGAUCAAGAAAUCAAAUGAAUAUCAUGAUGUUGUAGUUCAAUUUUAAACUUGAACGUCGAUGGGAUCACCUGCAAACAUAAACUAAAAUAAGCCUUCGAAUACAGCCGUCUGUCCUCUGUCCUCACUUCUCGCUCCUCGCCGCUAGGGGCGCUUCGGAGCGAGGAGAGACAAGGAGCGAGGACAGGCGCCUGUAUUUAAAGGUCAGAACAAAAUCAAAACAAGAAGACAAACUAAGUAUACUUGACAAAAUUAGCAAAAUACUGAUGCAAUGACGUGUUUUAUUUAUUAAGUUGUCAUGGCAAAGAGAGCCAUUGAUCGAUUCAGUUCAUUUAAGCCAGCGCCUCGUGUGCAGAAAAGAAGUAAGUAUUACUAAUAAUUAGUAUAGGUAAUAGCAUGAUUUGUAGUGAUAUUUGGCAUAAAUACCACGAGUGAUAUUUCGAAAUUGUUAUACGGAAUUUCACGAGCCGUCAGGCGAGUGAAAUUUGAGACAAUUUUGAAAUAUCACUAGUGGUAUUUAUGCCAAAUAUCACGUACAAAUCAUGCUAUUAGUUGUUUAUACUACUACCCGCAAGAGGUUUGUAAUUUUCACAUGUAGGUAUUUCAAAUUAAGCUGAAAUACCACUGCUCUAAGCCAAUCAAAUUGCAGAAAUUUCUCAUGUAGUAGUAUAAACCCUGUAAACUCUAAUAUCAAAAUUCAAAUUCUCAUUCAUUCUAUAUAUUCCCUAUAGAAGUAGAUGGGAGAAGUUGUAAAAGUGAAAAUAUGGUUUAUCUUCUUUGAUCCAGUCCUUAUUUCUCUGUAUCACUAUGUUUUAUCUAGCAAAAAUAUUUCAAGGAGAAAUUUGAUGCUGAUAACUCGUAGGACGUAACGAGUUAACUACAAAUAUGUUUCGUCAUAAUUCAUUUCACACGUCUUAAGUAUAUUAUAAUCCAAACAAAAAAAUGUGUUAUUUGAGUAAAUUUGCAUUUUCUUGAAUUUUAUUCUAGGCUGAACUCUAUUUCUGCUGCUUUCGCAGCUCCCAUCUUAUCUCUUUCCGGGAAGACAAACUUUUUGGAAGGGAAACGCUCAUUUUCACUGUUAAACUAUUCAGUCAUAAACAGUGCCCAGAUAAACAGUGUCCGUAAGGUGGAGUUGAUGAUACAUGGGAGUUUGUGACUCAGGACACAGGAAAAUGUCGAACCAGUGUCCGUAUUAAGCGGGUAAAUUGUAGAACAAAUAUAUUAGAUUUCGUAGGGACAAAUGAGACUGUCCGUUACUGAGAUAAGUGGGUGUCCGUAAAGAGGGGUGACUACUGUAAUGACAUAAAAUUUAAAUUUCAUUAUUUUUCUCAGGUAAUCAGUGCACUGACAAAUCAGGCAGAUGUGCUUCAUAUAAGAAAAAUGGCCUGUGUACUGCGCAUGCGGAUAAUAUGUUGUAUUGGUGUCCUGUGACUUGUGAUAUGUGUAGUUCAGGUAAAGCUUUCAGUUGUUGUUUGCAAAUGUAAAUAUAAAGAUAAAGAUAUUUUAUUCGUGUAGCGCUUAAAUCAAAUACAUAUUCUAAAGCGCUAUAUUGUUGCCGACAAUAGCAAACACAUAACAAAUAGUACACAAAGAGAGAAUAAAUACAAACCAAAAGAAAAUAAAGAGAGGGGUACAUGAGAGUAGCAGAUAACACCAAUGAUCAAACUUGUAGUCUUAGAAUCCCCAGUUAUUUUGGGCGGCAUAAUAAGCAUUUAAAGUAUUUUUUCCAAAGUCACGUCUUUCGCCAUGACGUCAGCCGCCUGACGUUUUCACCUGUCUGCCUCUUGCAGAGGCUUUCCCAAGGCUUCGCGAGGAGCAUGGGACAAGCGAGAAGCGUGAGAGCUGGAAACAAGCGAGAAGCGCGAGAGAGGAAUGAUGGGAACGAGCGCACUGCACGAGGGGGGAGUGAUGGGAAGUAAAACUGGAGAAGAGAGAAAGGCGAAUUUGUUAGUGGCUUCUUUUAUCUCCCCUUGUCAUCACUCCUUUCGCCCCCGCUUUCCUCAAUAAUUAACUCAAAUAUCCCCCUAAAAAGUGAUUGCGAGCCACUGGCCACGAGGCAGCCAAAGUGUUACCCCGCCAAAACUUUCGCAGGUCAUUUGGACGAUGUUCAGGUCUUUUGGGUGUGCAUGAGAAAAAAGGCUUAUUGCUUCUGGCGUACUUUUGUAAUGUAAAAACGGUUUUACUGUAUGUUCUAGUUUCUUUUGUCUAUAGAUUCCUGCAUGGACAAAAAUGGCAACUGCCCUAUAUGGGCAAAAGACGGACACUGCCAGUCUAACCCUGAGGCCAUGAAAACCAACUGCGAACACAGCUGCAAAGUCUGUGGAGGUAGGAACUGCUAGUUAUGCUUGUUACGCAUUAUACAACAGAGAGACCGGACAAGGUUUAACUAGACUGUCCACUACCCCAUUUUUCCACAAAAUCGUCGGGAUCGAGCCCGUUCCCUUUUUCCCUUUAAGGGUGACCUGUACUGUACUGGGGAUGAGUACAAAAACUUCUUAGGUGGCAGGGGAUGGUUUGGGACUUGGGGAGGCAAGAAAAAUAGCGACAGCGCUCGAUCUCGACGAUCUUACGGAAAAACAGGGGACUAUGAACAGUCUAGGAUUGAAAUGGGCGUUAGCAGUUUUUUCAGCAUUUUGUCUUUUAGUUUGAUUGAGAUCUCAGAUCUGUCAAAACAAAGGGAAAGCUAAGGAGUAGCUGAAAUGUUGAUCAAUAGAUCUUUGAGUUCUCACAAUUUAUCUGAUUAAGGGAGACUAGUCAAAUAGGGCAAGUUUUCCGAAAUAAUGAAGCUGUAUAUAAAGUACUAAUAGCGAGCUUAGGAUACGAGAAUGGCGACGGCACUGAGAACGUAAAACAAAACAAUAGUUUUAACAAGCCAACAUCAUACUUUUCUUUGCACAUUUCGUUGCCGUGACUGCACUACUGCGACGUGAAAAUCCCUAAUUUCAACUCGUUUUGCAGCAAUAUUACAAAACACGUUGCACGUUUUUGUUACCCGUUUUACCGUAGCUGUAAGGUCACUAAUUCCAGGGAACUUAAUUUAAUUUCACGUAUUGUCUCUCUGGUAGGUUCUACGUCACCCCCAACCGCACCUCCAACUCAACCUCCAACCACGCAGUCACAAUGUAUGUAAAAUCGUAAUACCUCAGUGGGAAGUUGAUUUUGUCACCCAUAUUUAAAGUUACUCUACCUGCGUCGCCAUUUCUUCUCCGACUACACAGUCCACGUACAUGUCAGGAGUUCAUAACCCGAUGCGACCAACGCCCAUCUAGGACUUUGUCACGACGUUUUCACGGAGCAGUUUAUUUUUAUAAUCACUUCACAGCACGUUUCCCGCGAACUGAUGAAAGUUGACCGCUCUGUCUAUGAGCCCAUUCAAAAGGGAAAAUAGUAUUUAGGUCUCUAGGUUUUGCUGAAUGAUUAUGCUAAAUUCGCGCCAAAAUAGUUCUAAAAAUAGACUGGUCGGUGAAAACGGCGUGACUCGAUUUCAUGGAAGAGACUCACUCCGGGGUUAUGGUCCCCUGUGUAUAUACAUUUGUUAUGUCUUUAAAGUUGAUGUAAUGUUACCUAUUUCUUCUCUGGCAGGUUCUACGUUACCCCCUACCGCACCUCCGACCACCCAGUCACCAUCUACUGGCCAACCAUCCCCAUCGCCUCCUACUGGAUCCCCACCCCCACCCACUGGAUCUCCAGCUCCUUCCCUGGGCACUGGUAAGACGGAUUUUCUUAAGAUUACUGUUACAGGGGGAGGCUAAUUGAAUCACUGGUGACUUCGUAGUUCCAUCGUUGCCUACAGUUAAGAAUAAUAACAGGUAUCACCUGAAGCAAAUUAAAUAUCGCAAGAAUGCGCCUUUACUGUACUUGACCAUCGUCAAACCGGUUCUUCAAAGAACACUUUUUUUACAUAACGACAAAACUGUUUGUCCCAAAGAUGGAAAAAGUCAUACAGUUAGUACCUAUAUAAUACAAACACCUCUGUGAUGUGGACAGUUGUCUUUGAGUGUCCCUUUAGUAUCCGUAAUUAGGUUUGUAAUGACUGCAAUAAGCAAAUUAGCUGGUUAUUUAUAAAGCACUAGAACCUGAAAAGGGCGACCGAGAUGAGAUCUUUUUCCAUACACCACUCGACCGGGCUACUUCAUACUUCAGCCCUGUUAACUUCAUGUUUGAACAGAGAAAACAGCCGACCGUUUCGCAACGCCACCGCAUACCGCUGAUUUGCAAGCCUACCCCGCUGACGUUGUUUUGGCUCGUCACGUAAUUCAACGUGUGACGAAGCCCCAAGCACGUCUGCGUGGGAAGCUACUGAUUUUCAAGCGAAAUCAUGUUUACGGAACGAGCACAGAAAUUCCAUGUCAAUGAAGUGUUAAUACCCAGAUCUGGGUAGUGCUUCUGAUUGGUCGUGCCGCAAUGGAAAUUUGCUUUAAUCAAUCAGAAGUACUACCCAGAUCUGGGUAGUGAUACGUCAUCGUUAUGGGGUUUCUUCCCUCGUUCCUUGGACGUUAUUUCGCAGGAAAACCAGAGGCCAGGCGUCGCGAAAUUUUACCUGUUUCUUAUAGUAAUACCGAGGCCAUUUUCUGUACUAACUAGCAAAAUAGAAACGCAAGACACCCUCAAUUAACCGUUACAGCGCAGUGAAGUCGGUUCCCCCCUAAGGCGGCUAAGCAGUAUACUAAAAGAAUAAUAAUGUAAACUGUCAGUCAACUUUCCGAUGCUGUGCGACCCUUAGAGACUCACUAGACUUAACCACACUAGCGGGCUUACCUCUUUCAUGAUGAAUUAUCGCAGGCUUAAGAUGUGCAGACAAGAGAGCUAGUUGCCCCAGUUGGGCAGCGUCUGGCCAGUGUUCAAAGUCAGGAUGGACCUUCAGAAACUGUCUCAUCAGCUGUAAAGCAAAAUGCGACAACCAGCCCAUACAGCCAACAGGUUUGCGUCAUAAAACUUUGCGAGAAUUAUAAAGAAGUAUAGAGUAGAAUCGCAUAAUUAAGUAAAAUCUCGCAUUCUGAUUGGUUAACGAAGCGAGGUAUUUAGUGUGGAAUUGCGAGUUGAAAACGAGGCUAAGCGAUAUUGUUUCGCAUCUACGUAACAACUAUCGUCAAAUUCUAACGCAACAACAUGCAAAAAAGGUUUUCUACAAUGUCAUUUUAAAAUGUUUUCAAAACCAUUCAUUGUCACUUUUUGAAGAGUUAAAAACAAACAAAAGCGUUUCUUAAAGUGAGCCGGAGGUUCUUCCUUGUUUUGAACUGAACUACAGAUUCUCGAAGAGACAUAAAACCUCUUUCACUCGCGACAACCAGAAAACAAGAAAAUCCUGUGAACACGGCCCAGAAAAUGGCAAUCCAAAGUUCAACCAAACAAAACGGAGAAGCGACAACGGAGGAAGUGCCGGGGUCGAUUGUCCCAUAUACAGAAGAAGAAAUAAAUACCUUCAAAGAGGACAUGGCCCCUGAAAACACGAAAAAGAGUACGCCGCUUGCAAUCGUCCUGAAUCGUGGUACUUAGAAAUGUACAAAACAGAGCUGAACUUGAACAGCAUUUCUAAAACAUUUCAAGGUACUUACCUUAUGUCAAUCGCGACGUUAAACAUGUUAAACUUUCAGUGCUUUCGCUUGGACACUUCAUUUCUUUCAGUUUUGCCGCCGAAGAGGUAAAAGGUGUAAAUUAUUUUCCUUCUCGAGCAAAUGACCAAUUUGAAAAAAGACGUUCUACAUAAACGGCUUCUAAAUUCAGUAAAAUACCUCUAUUUAUCCUUACGAUUAGUGUGAAGCUUGUUUACAUGUAAAAAAGUUUGAAAACAAAUGUGAAAACAAGCACAAGGUACAAAAAAAGUUGUCGAAGGUUCAAACGUGUACGACUGACCUUGCUUCCUAUUCGCUAACGCAAUGACAGUUCUGACAGUUGACUUUGAAAUGGCUUUCUGGAGCGCGCGCUCAGGAUAAAAACAAACAAUAUUAUUGCUGUUUUCUUUUUUUUUCCUGUGAUUUUUAUUCAAUUAUACGAUUCAAGGAAAAUUCAUUACCUGACUCGAGAAUUCCACGUUAAAUUGCACUUGAAAACCGAUAUCGCACGAAUCGCGAAGCGAUGAGUGCGAUAUCGGUUUUCGCGUGCAAUUUAACGUGGAAUUCCCUCGUCAGGUAAUGAAUUUUCCUAUAAAACCGUUAACUCUCGUUUUUCUGGAUCUAGUGUUUUAAAAUAAAUUUGAAUUUGAGUUUUGCCACGUAAAUUCGUUUUACAGCUCCAGUUUAAGCCACAUCCAAAAAGGGUGGCCUGCGUGUUAAGAAUUAUUGCGUCAUUGUGGCGAGAAAACUAGUCAAGUGAUCUGAAAACUGAACUUUGCACGAGAGCCAGGAACCGUGUAGUCGUUCGGAGUAGUGGAGCUGGUCAAGUGUAUAGAUUGAGUGUAGAUCAUCGACAUUUUUACGCGAAUUGUUUUCAAUGAAUUCUUUGAGUGUAGAACAGAACAGAGUUCAGAAUUCUAAAAUAUGAACUUAUGAAGAAAUACACUUUCAAUGGAGUGAAGAAUUAAUGCUAAAUAGAACUGGUUGUAUCACACACAUAAUUUUGUGACACUGCGUUCGGGGAUUGGUGUCUCAGUGGUGACGUCAUUUCAGAAAGACCCCAAAGUUUCAUUGCUUACUAGCGUGUUAACAAAUGGUAUCCAAUACGUAUGUACGUACAUCGGCUGACUGUGUCCCUUUCUAGAAGACUUAGUAUAGUUUUUGAACCUCGUUUGGAAUAAGGAGGAAAAAACCUUUUUUUAACUUUCUAUAGUAACGUCAAGAUUUUAAACAAAGAUUUUUUUACCAAAAUUUUGUCUUCCUAAAAAAAGAACACUUUGGCAUAGUUUUUCGGUCUUAUCUUUUAGGUUCAUGCGCAACUCCUCUUGGACUUGGCUGGGAUUACAAACUGCCUGACAGUGCUUUUAGUGCUUCAUCCGAAAUGUCACCAGGUAAAGAAUAACUCGUUUGGCUUGUUCUACCAUGAAAAAUGGGGGAAAUCCCUCGCGGGUGAGAUAGGCCCAUUGUCUUUGCCGCUCGCGGAGCUUGUCUUAUGAUAAAAAUUCCAACAAGUUUUAUUACAGCCUUAAGGAUAGAGACACAAUACCCUUUCCUUCCCUUUUUUGACAUAUUUCUCCCUCUGCCCGUUGACGAUUUGUCUCUUUAACCCUUUAGUCCCCAGAAGUCGUGAAAGUCAAUUUCGACAAAAAAUUCAGCUUUAACUUUGUCAAAAUACUGAAAAACAAGUAGUAUCUUAUGAAAGUGCUUCUCAAGAGGUUUCAUUUGAAAGGUAACACUACAGGAUUUCAUCCACAGACUCAAAAGUUAGAGAUAGAUUAUGACUGCAUCACAGACUCUGAAGAGUAAUCGGCAAAUCACUGAGACUCAUUUUUAUGAUGAAGGUGGAGGUUGGGUUGCCGGUGCAAGGAAUGCUCGUUUGUACUUCGAAGACGACCACGAUCAGAAGAGAAUUGGAGGCUGGUGUGCUUCCAGUAGAAAUCCACAGUGGAUUAAAGUGGAUUUUGGCAGAGUCAAGAAGAUCACUGGAAUUGCUACACAAGGUGCUUGUAAUAUAAGACUGUGUCAUGCUUUUUGAGAAUUUUUGUAGAAAAUGCAAUUCAGUUGGUUAUCCUGAGAUCGCAUUUUUGAUUUCUCUAUGUCGUUUCUGUGUAUGGUGAUGAUACGAAUUCCUUAAACCAGUCAAUCCAUUGUUACGUUAAUCAUAACCCCAACCAAUAACUUCAAAACAACAAGAAUAAUAAAAUGACGGCGAUGAUGAUGAUGAUGAUGAUUAUAUUGGUAAUGACGAUGAUGAUAAUGAUGGUCGAAAAGUAUCAAAAUCUUAACAGAGAACUAAUACAAAUCUGUGGAGGUUGUGCCUAUUGUCAUCGACGCACUGGGUACAUGCAUUGUCGCAAACGUUUGAAAAGAGACUAGAACAAGAUCAGGGUAAACGAUCUACAGGAUUUAGUGCAAGUUAUGCACAAAUAAGGUACUGGCGAACAUUGGACACCUUAGGCCACGGGACGUGGCUCGAUACUAACAUAACGAUGAACAGGAUAGUGAUGAUAAUGACGAUAGCGAUAAUCCUUGAGCUACAGACAAAACAAAAUGAAAAAUAAUAGUCAUUUAUUGUUUAUUGUGUAUUCACCCAUCACCUCAGAUCAUUCCCUGCUCCUUAAUUUAAUUUAUUGCCUCCAGCAAAUUAAAGACGCUGUGACUUCAUUCGGCAUGUAUGGUCAGUGGAGAUGAAUAAAUGUUCACUCACACAUGCUUUGAUUACUGAACCUGUAGCUAUACCUUCUUCCUUCUGUCAGGUCGCGAUGUUUUCUAUGAGCACGUGAAGAAGUAUGAGCUGGAAUUUAGCACCGACGGUGUGUCUUGGCAACCAUACCAGGAGGGUGGGGCGAAAAAGGUAAAUUUGUGUCCCUUAUAUAGUUAGGGGGUUAGGGGGAGGGAGCCCGGGAGAUUAGGUGCCGAGGAGGUAUAAGAAGCGAGAGAGCAAAGGGCGGGAGGAGGGAGUUCUAAGAGGAUGGCAGGUGCGAGUUAUCGGGGACAGAGUACGCAACAAUGCUUAAUAAUAUUUCGCAAUCGAAAAAGGGCCAAAGGAAAGAGGCUAAGAAAAAAGUGGCGGAGGCCCGGAAUAUUGUUGUAUAUUUUCGCUUCCUAAGGGGUUCUUGUCGAAAUUGUGGUACAGGAGUAAGUUUUUCUUUACCUACCUCUAACAUACCUGAGAUAUCUUUGAAACACGUACAGUUAGCAAGGUAGUAUACCACUGCGCAUUAAAGUAGAGACAUUCGACUCCUUGAAUAUAGUACCUCGGCCCUCUUGGAUCUCCCAAGUAUGCAAUAAUAGUCCAUUUUCGAGUUCGCUAUGACCGCUGAAUUAGGGCCUGUUUACAUGGAGGUGGGGGACCCCAGGUAGGUGAGGUAACCCGCUUAGGUGGGGUAACCCGCCUGUCCAUAUAAUCUCUCAUUUUCAUUUGAUCACGUUUACAUGAUAGGUGGGGUGACCCGCCAAGGCGGGUAGCCCGGUCUACCAGACCGGGUUACCCUCUCAGCCGGGGUCACAAUUUUUCAUGUAAACGUUUCAAGGUGGGGUAACCCGCCUGGCCGGGGUCGGAUUCGUGAUACAUCAAAUUCGCUCAAAAUUCGCUUUCGCGGUGUCUUUGCAUUAUGAUUAAAGUUAACAAUAGAAAGCUAUUGCACUGACGGGUUGCAGCAAGAGCAACAAGUGAGUGAAGAAGUGCAUUAAUCGCCAAAACUCGUGGUUUGCCAGCAUUUUUCUUGUUUACGUGCUUAGCGACCAUUCAAUAAUCUUGAGAAAGUGCACCCCGGGAAGGCGGGGUUGUAAGAUUGCAUGUAAAGGAGGGUUAUUUUUUUACCUCACCUAAGCGGGUUACCUCACCUACCUGGGGUCCCCCACCUCCAUGUAAACAGGCCCUUAAAGAAGUGGAGACGCAUUUUUUACAGCCUUAGCCUCAAUCUGAAGUAAUAUCUUCACAAAUUCCAACGAGAAAAAGGCCUGUUUAUUACUCUGUCUAGUGUGUCUGUCAAAUUUCAAACACUUACUUGCCAGAAGUUCUGAAUAUUUUACUUUACGUCGAGGCUAACCCUGUAUGAAUGUGUCGUUAAUGUUUAUAUUCAGCGGUAAUUUUUAAUUCGAAACUGGACUAUUUUUUCUCACUGUUAAUCUUUGUAGCUCUAAUUUUGUUGUUUUGUUCUUUUUUUUUUUUUUUCAGGUGUUUGAUGGUAACUGUGACCACUUCACGCCAGUAAUAAACAGGUUCAAUCCUGUUAGAGCCCAGUUUGUCAAGGUUAUUCCACAUGACAACCCACAGAGCUGGAUGUGCAUGAGACUUGAAUUCUACGGCUGUGACUCUUAA